GGAAGUGCGCUCGCCAGAUGUUAUUUUUUUCUCACGCGCUUAAUAGUUAUUAACGUUGUGUGAGAGUUGAUCCCGAGAACGCUUGCCCAAGUGUGCUGCUUUCAUCGAAGAAUCUCGAUUGCGAGUCGGUAGCUGCGGAUCCUUUCGACCUCCAGAUUCAUCAUGCAAAUCUUCGUGAAAACUCUUACUGGAAAAACCAUCACCCUCGAGGUGGAAGCUUCUGACACUAUAGAGAAUGUCAAAGCUAAGAUCCAGGACAAAGAAGGUAUUCCUCCAGAUCAACAACGUUUGAUCUUUGCUGGCAAGCAACUAGAGGAUGGCAGAACUCUUUCUGAUUACAACAUCCAGAAGGAAUCUACGCUUCAUCUGGUUCUACGUCUUCGCGGAGGUAUGCAAAUCUUUGUGAAAACUCUCACUGGCAAAACCAUCACCCUCGAAGUUGAAGCCUCUGACACAAUCGAGAACGUAAAAGCCAAGAUCCAAGACAAAGAAGGCAUUCCCCCGGAUCAGCAGCGUCUGAUUUUUGCCGGCAAGCAACUCGAAGAUGGCAGGACUCUUUCAGAUUAUAACAUCCAGAAAGAGUCUACGCUCCAUUUGGUUCUGCGUCUUCGAGGAGGCAUGCAAAUCUUCGUGAAAACUCUCACCGGCAAAACCAUCACCCUCGAAGUUGAAGCCUCUGACACAAUAGAAAACGUGAAGGCCAAAAUCCAGGACAAAGAAGGAAUUCCACCGGAUCAACAGCGUUUGAUUUUCGCUGGCAAGCAGCUGGAAGACGGCAGAACCCUUUCCGAUUACAACAUCCAAAAAGAAUCUACACUCCACUUAGUUUUACGACUUCGCGGAGGCGCGCUGUGAGCUGGAAGUCGGUAGAAAUGUCCGCUAGUCGUAAAUUAAGUAACAUCAGUAGUA